AGAAACUGAUCAUAGAGAGAUGGAAAUUAGUGAAAGGCUAUGGGGUAUGGUGAGGAAGAUGAAACCUUACUUGGCAACGGUGUUUCUACAAAUUUCUUUUGCUGUUAUGUACACUAUUGUUGCAGUUUCUCUUAAGCACGGCCUCAGCCAUUUCGUCUUUUCGGUAUACCGCCAUGCAGUUGCCACGCUUUUUAUUGUCCCUUUCGCUCUCAUUCUUGAAAGGAAAACAAGGCCUACAAUGACGUUACCCAUCUUCUUAAGAAUAUUGUUGCUUGGAUUUAUAGAGCCAGUGAUGGACCAGAAUUUAUAUUAUUUGGGAAUGAAGUACACUUCAGCAACAUUCGCCUCCGCCUCCGUCAAUAUCCUCCCGGCCGUAACCUUCAUCUUUGCCGUCGUUUUCAGGCUGGAGAGCGUGAAGGUGAGGGAAAAACAUAGCGUGGCUAAGGUCGCCGGAACUGCGAUCAGCCUGGGCGGAGCAAUGGUUAUGAGUCUGUACAAAGGGCCGGCUUUCAAUCUUCUUCCGGGCGCGCGCGGUGGCUCCGAAACGACCGGAAGAAUCACGACCAACGAGUCCACAGAUCAGCACUGGGUCACCGGCACCAUCUUGGUCCUCAUCAGCUGCUGCGGCUGGUCCGCCUUCUUCAUUUUACAGUCAAUGACGUUGAAACUGUAUCCUGCUGAGUUCUCACUCGCUGCUUUGAUAUGUUUCGUUGGAAUGGUGGGAGGAGGAAUCGUUACUCUCGUCGCUGAACGUAACAUGAAGAUUUGGGUUAUCGGUUGGGAUUCGAAACUUCUCGCUGUCGUUUACUCUGGAAUAGUAUGUUCGGGAACUGCAUAUUACGUUCAAGGAGUUGUGAUGAAGGAACGAGGGCCGGUGUUCGUAACGUCGUUUAGUCCUCUCUGUAUGAUCGUCACGGCGGCUCUCGGCUCCUUUUUCUUGGCUGAGAAAAUUCACCUGGGAAGUGUGAUCGGAGCGGUGAUCGUGGUAGUGGGGCUUUACACAGUGAUUUGGGGCAAAACCAGAGAUUUUGAAACCUCUAAAGAAUCCAAUAACGAAUUGCCGAUCACCGGCUCUACUUUCCGAUCGGCGAGUGACGAUUCGAACGCCGGUGAAGUUUCCGGGAAGCCGGUGGAGGCUCCGGCCAAACCUCCGGUUCCCUAAAUAUAUAUAUGGAGGAUUGAGUGGAAAACUGUGGCCUUACAACUUUUUUUGGUUUUUGAUCGUUGAGUCUCACUAAUCAUAAGUCUUGGUUUAGGUUUAAUUCAUCUUAGUUGUUAUUAAUCUAAAUUAGAGAGGAAAUAAUUGUGAAUUUAAGCGGAGAAAAAUUUACUAUAAAUAGAUCUCGAUUCACUAAUUACUAAGUGAAGUAUUUCUAGGCCUACAUGUCUGGGUGGUAGGGAUGUAAUAAUAUUAUUAUGGUUUAAAUAUUAUCUCAGUGAUCUGUAUUUUUAGUUUUAUUUUUGUUUUU